AUGGAUAUCGUGUCUACCGUGGUUGGACAUAAGACCAUCGGGCGCGCCAUCAACAUUCUCAGACGACGUCCUCGACCAGUUGAUCGGAAAUUACAAGUUCGUGUAGUUGCUAAAAUGACUUGGGCGGAUAUUUCGAACGCAGCCUACAACGGCAUCAGUACCGGCAUAGCUGAGGAACCAUGUGGCCAGUGCAACAACCCAAAGAGCGUCCAGCAAGUGCUAGAACUGGCCCUGAGUACCUUUGACCAGAAAUGGCCACCCGCUGCUAUCCAGAUCUAUGGGAGAUUACAGAAAUUGCAAGACCAUAACUCUCUAGACCUAUCCGAAUCCGAUACUUGGAAGAGGAGCUACUCCCACCAUACAAACAGCCAUCGACCAUUUUAUCAGAAUCACAAGUUAAUCCCGUCAAUAAAAUGA